UUUGGUGAGAGUCUUCCUGAGAAGGAGCUUAACAAAGGCUUUGAAGAGGCAGAUAAGAGUGACUUGUGUAUAGUUCUUGGUUCUAGUCUUAGAGUUACACCUGCUGCAGACAUCCCAGAAAAUGUCAUCCGCAACAGACAAAGAGUAGUGAUAUGUAAUCUGCAGAAAACACCUUUGAAUGAUCACUGCGCAUUAGAAAUCCAUGCACAGAUUGAUGAAGUGAUGGUUGGAGUGAUGAAGAGACUUGGUCUUGAUAUCCCAGCAUUCACCAUCAAUCGCCGUCUUGCAGUUGAUGUGUCUGAUGGAAAGAUUUCAUUCCAAGGUCUUGACGUUGCCAGGGAAACACCUUACUCGUUCUUGCGCACUGUGAAAGUGACGUUCAGGCAAGGUAGCGGGGAUAGUGUGUUGUUAACGAGGGAGCCAUUUGUCACGCCUCUACCACCCGGCGUGACGCAACCGUUUAAAGCCGACAUUAUCCUUGGUUUACAAGGUCAUUACAACGAGCCUGACAUUAAGAUCACAGAAGAGUUCAACGGAAAGACACUGUACAUGUUGUCAUACAGACCUAGAGAUGGCGGAGACUGGAAAGUUACAAGGAACUAAAUACAAACUAUCAUCAGACUGUGAAUUCAUCUCAUCAGACUGUGAUCUAAGACUGCGCUGUGAAUGCAUGACUUGUAGUCACAUCGAUGUAGCGUCAAGACGUUUAUAUUAAUAAUAAGUCAUUUUGAUGAAAAUGCACAAAUUGUAGACUCUACUGAUAUCAGUAUCUCGUGAAUUACAUCGUGAAAUGUAGAAUAACAUUUUUGAUAGUGACCUGCAGUAACGCGUGGUUUUCACAUUGACGACGAUACGCCCGUCAUAUAGCUUAACAUUUUGUUCUCAAGCAGAGAAGCUCGACUUAUUCUCCAUUUUAGGAGUGCACGGGAGACGUAUUCUUGCUUUUUCAGUCACAUGAAUAAAGCUUCCUUAUAAAGAUCACUAUAAAUAUGGAAACCAUAUUGGUGUAUAUAACAAUAGAACUGAAUGAGCAUUGUACACCAAAAUGGGCGCUCUCUGCUUUUUGGCUUAGGAUAUGUUUAUAUUUCCUGUUAGUUAAAACGAUUAUAAGAUGUAUUUGUAUUAUUUUAUCUUGUGUACCAUUUUAAAGAUGUACGUUUUUCAAGAAGAAGUUAGAGAUAAAGACAAGUGGCCAUUUCGCAAUAAGGGAGUGCUGACGACUAGCCACAAACCACGUGAAGUUUGGAGCAAACUAUGGCAAGAAAGAUCAAACUAAAAUUAGCAUGAAAAAUUAGGAUAAAUUUGGAUAAAUUAUUACAAAGUGAGUGGAAGGGUCGCAUCCCCCAAAACAACAA